AUGGAUACCGACCGUGGUGAUUCACACCUGACGUCCGGCGAGGCUGCCAGCCAGGCAGAGGCGUUCCAAUUUGACCUGGACGACGACAUCCUCAAAAAUCUGGUGAACCAGGUUGCCGAGGCCCAUCAUGCUGAUGACAACGAUGAUGAUGAGACCAAGCGCACCAACCAAGAGCUCAUAGAUCUCCAGCAUAUGAGUGUUGAUGCUCUCAACGGGCUGGUUGACGAUGUGAGGCUGCUGGAUCCUCAUCAAACGGAGAAGCCCGAGCUGGAGAAUGCUAUUCUUGACCGGCUUGUAGAGGAUACCGUUGGACUGCUAGAGAAAGCAGCACAAGACCCCGAGGACACGGAUCAAACCCAGCGGCAGUCUGAACCUUCUGAGGAGGUGCAAGAACAAGCUCCUCAGCCAGCUGAAGGUGCUGAAGGUGCCACUGAUGAAUCUGCCCUGGAACUUGGCGAUGCCAUUCGCGAAGCGUUAGAAGAGCACCAGAAGGCCCCUUCAACACCUGCCUCUGAGCCUGAACACGAGACUGGAUCCGGAAAUGACGCUGCUUCAGAUGCAGAGAUUCCCGCGGAGUUAUUGAGACAGUUAGCCAUGCAAACAUUCGAACAGCUCGAAGACAAGGACCACGAGGACUCGGAAGCCCUGCAGGCAGCCUUGGCUCAGAUGGUAAAGGACGUGGUUGAGAAUAACGAGACCGUGAAAGAGCCCCAUGAUGAUGAUCUAGACUUGAACGAGAUUCUGCAGAAUGCUAUGGAACUUGCUAUGGAGAAUCCCACUGAUCUUCUCACCAACAUGGAGGAAGCGUUACGUGACGAGACCCGCAAGCGUCCAAAGAAGAAGACUCGAGCAGGGAAAGUAGAAAACCAUACCGAGACUGGAUCUACAGCUGUUGAGUCCAAAGCUUCUCCUCCGAAGCCGGAGCCUCCUAAGAAGGUGACUUUGUCGAUCGCGGAGACUCUAGCGCUUACUCGUGCCCGAAUGAACUAUGCCAGGACUUCUGGGCCUGGUGGUUCUUCCGAAUUGUCAAGAUCCAGCACUGGUCCGGAUCCACGCACUUUAAUAGCCCAAAGACUGGCUCCACCGGCAUCAAAAUCGCAACAUCGUGCCCGAUUCGGUAAUUGGACCAAUCUUUCUUUUACUUCCCUGCGUGCGAUGACGGGUGCGCUUCUGACAACAAUUUCACGUCUGGAUGGUGGAGCUGGAAACUAUAUUGACAAAAGACCUCUAUCAUCCGGUGAUGAUCUCAGACCAGCGGAUAUGCCUUUGGGAGAUUCGCCCGAGGACAUCAAGCUCAGGAUCAAGAUCGAGAACCGCAUACGCAAGAAGAAGUGGCGUGAAAGAAAUAGCGAAAAAAAUAAGGAUAACGACUUGCGGGCAAGGUUGAUGAAAAGGGCUAUUCAGUUAUUUCCCCAGGAUAGCCAGGAAAGUGAUAGGAAGUCGUGGUUUGACAAAGAGUUUGGGCGCCGCAAGGAAAAACGGUUGGCGCGCGAAAACGACAUAGCCCAUGAUAUGGGUAGUUCAGUGGUUGGAGACAUAGUUGCGGAUUCCAGCAGCUCGCCUUCUCAUUCUGGGGCCAACCAAGAGGGCUCAACAGAAGAUACCCGAGCGCCACCGCCGCCUAGACCCAGUACUAUUUCAGAGAGUCUGGCUCUUUCCGGGGUGAAGGUUGACUCUAUUCCGGGUUUGACUGACCCAAAUCUUCUUCGGAACUUGGCGACUGUAUACAGCACGUUUGGAAAUGUUCCUGGUUCAGAUAAGGAUUCUGCUGUUGCUACCACUGCCACAGCAGUGGCAUCCGCUUAUACCGCUGCUAACAAGGAUGACAAGUCUGACGAACGAGUGCAUUUGACGGAGAUUUUGAAAACCAUGCUGACUUCAUUGCUAGACCUGGUUCCCCCACAAUCGGAAAGGCAAGGAAUUGAGCAUACUGAGGGUUCCAUACCAGGUGUUCCCACCGGUGUAAUUUCCUUCAAAGUGCGCCGAGACAAUCCAAGCACGAGUCCAAAACCAGUUUCGGAACCAAACGCACCACCUUCGCGCCAGUUAGAUAUGGGUCUGACUGCUUUGGUGAAGCGAAACAGAGGCUUCGACUCAAAUAACGCCUUUUCAGCUGCUAAUACCCCGUCACAGCCGCACCAGCCACGUGUUGAGAAGCGUAAACCUGACGAAAGUAUCGAGUCAAUCCUCAAAAGGCAAAGAACAGAGCUCGAGGAUCGUGUUAAGGCUGUCCCGUGGGCUACAGCCUUCAAACCGCCUCAAUACAAGAAGCCUGGUGGGGGCAUGCCGACAACGGCCGCUCCGGCCGGUGUCCCUGACGGUGGUUCCAUAUCUUCUCCGGCUCCCAAACCACUACCAACGUCAACGCCUUCGCCGCAGAUUCGGCCUAUGCUUGGGGCUUCUUUAUUGGGUACACCACCUUCUGCAAUUGGUGUUGGCAUGGGCCUGCGGAAGCCUGGCGCUUUCCGAAAGCCUCAAGGAUAUGCUAAUCCCGGGGCACAAAGCUCACCAGAUACGGCGAGACCCUUCAGCGGAAUCCAAUUCAGGAAAUCGUGA